CAGAGUAGCCCAAGUUGCCAAGUGAUUUGACCUACCAGUUGUGCUAACUGCCGUUGCACCGCACCCUCUGCAACACGAUGUCUGGGCAAGAAGAACAGCUCACCGAAUUGCUUUUGACGCUCAAGAAAACAACUCCAGAGCAAGCACGCGUUAUCCUCGCGUCCACACCACAGAUCGCUUAUGCCCUUAUCGGUCUGAUGGUGAAAAUGAAUGUUGUAGAUGUCCAAGUCCUGCAGAAAACGCUUACGGCCUAUUCGGCGUCGAUCCAGCAACAGCAACAACAGAACGCCGGCCCAUCGACGGCGUCUGCCAUACAGCCUGCUCCUGCAAUCCCACCUCACCUACAGCAGUACCGUACACCAACACCGCAGUCGCAAACGCCGCCACACGUGCCAUCACACACACCUACUCCUCCUCAUUAUUCCAACGGACAAGGGCAGGCUCCACAGCAAAACUUCGGCUAUGGGGCGCCCUCCCAAUAUGGUGUGCAAGGAGGCUAUAGUGCACCGCAACAAGCCCCCAUAGGUGGUGGCAUGAUUCCAGAUGCCCUGGCAUCAAUCCCCGAGGAGCAGAAGGCUAUGAUAAUGCGCGUCAUAGCUAUGACGUCAGACCAAAUCAACAUGCUCCCGCCGAUGGAACGCGCAAGCAUUAUUCAGCUGCGCGCAACGCUAGGGCUGCCGUCAUAAGGGUCUACGCCACUCAUAUCUGAAUGACAUUGAUUACCCACAUGGGUAAUCUGCUGGGGCGUUCAUCUGAGAACGUAAGUGAUUUUCUUCUGGCCCGCGGUGUAUCGACAGGCAGGAGUGAAUUUAACCCAGUGGAGAUGGUGACCAGAAAAUUAACUGAAUCGAUCGUGGCGAGCAACACUUGAUGAAAUUAUAAUUUACGAUUCAAUUACUCCAUGUUUGAAUAAUAGUGGACCGAUAGUGCAAAUGCAAUCCCGAGGCUUACAAAAAGACUUGGUAGAUGGGUAAUGGUUUAUCAGCAUCUGCCCUGGCAUUCCAGUGCGCAAUAGGUGCCAGGACCUAGCGUAUAGACUUUCAUCGUGUCUGUUAGGUCAGCAACUAAGCAACUCUAGGCUC